AUGCCAAAUGAACACACCUCAAAAGUCUGGAGGAACGUAUGCUCCGCCCUGCUCGAUGCGCCGCUUGCCACGCCCGUGCCGCCCGCGCCGCCGGACCCCUCCGUGCCGAUGCAGCCUUGCCGCGCCGUGCGGGACCCCUCCGCGCCCGCGCAGCCCUGCUGCGCCGCGCCGGACCCCUCCGCGCCACCCUGCCCCGCGCAGCCCCACUUGCGUCUCUCCACGCCGAACCCCUCCACGCUGCGCCGCCCGCCAUGGUGCCCAGGAGGUGGGGAAGGGGAGGUCGGCAGGAGCGAGGAGGCCGGGAGCCUAGGACCCAGCCAGUCGAGGGGAUGCAGGGGAGGGAGUGGGAGACGGUGGCUGGGAAGUUUAUCGGUGACAAAUAACUAA